UCUAGAUCUAACAGUAACACUCCUAACAGUUCCUAACACCUUCACCAUGGGUCCGACGACAAAACAAUACGACGAUAACAAUGCAGUAAAGCAAAUAAAUUUGUUUUAAAUUUCAGAGCAUGCUUUAAAAAUGGACCUGAAUGGGGACUCAGACUUAAAUUUGAACAGCUACUGUUACAAUGCAUUGCCAGAGAGUGUCCUGGCAACAUUACGCUCUCUGCUCGGCCAAGAGUUAGGACAAAAGCCAUUUUCCUUGAUUACAUUAAAGAACCAAAAGUCACUAAAUGGAUUUGUUGAUGUUGAAGCUAAUGAACUUUCAGCCUGUUCAGAAAAAUCUAUUUCAGUGUUUGAUGACAAGAGUAUCAUGGGGUCACCCCUGAAGCUCCAAGCCAUCGCUAAUUUAUCCUCCAGCCCUGAGACGUCAACACCCAUUCCAUAUUCCAUUAAGAUCAGAAAAAAUACUUUUGAUCUUGGUUCAAAGUUGUCCCUCCGAGACGCAAAGCUACUUUUGUCUAAAUUUAAAAAGAAAAAAGAGGCAAGUGUUCCGCUGAUAAUAGUCUUGUGUGAUGGUGAGGACAGCAGGAAGACCAUACUCACUGGUAUUCACAAGGAGAUUGUUGAAGGGAAAAUGUUUGUGAAGACUUUUAAAGUGAUGUGCAGCAGAAUAAAGCAGUCUUCUAUUGAUGAAGUUUAUGAUAAGAAGGGUAAAAACUACCAGAUGACAAGUCAGUAUAAAAUACUUGACAGACAAGAUGGCCUGGGCUCUCUGUGCCUGGAAGUCAAGUGGUCAGAUAACACUGGAAGCAUGAAGCUGACCAAGCUGCAGUCAGCAGUGUUCAACUUGCAAGUUAAUGUUGUCCCAGGGAGUGAACAAAGCUCUGUGUUUUACCACCACUGCCAGCUGAAGAAAGUUGAAGGCAUUGUAGAGGGUUUGAGGACUGGAGAGCUGCCAGAAGUCUUGUCUACUAAAACAGUUGAUGCAGUCAAGCUGUUGAGGGAUUUCUUUAAUAACAUUAAGCUGGGAAUGACUGAAGCUCUGAGUCGACAUGACAAACACACAUGCAUCUCAGGGAUGCUGAGUGGAACAGCAAAACGUCUCAAUCUGGAACCCAGCUCUGAUAAAGAUUUCUCUGACAGCUUGUGGGAGAUAAUCAGCCUCUGCUCAGACUACAAGCAGAUAGUGGAUUGUCUGAACCUGACCUUCUGUGAGCUCAGGAAAGGGGAGCUCAAAGUCUUCAUCCACCGUGACAACCAGACAACCAUAGCCAAACUCGUGCGCCAGUCGUACUCCGGCAUCGCAUCGUUUCCUCCCCUCUCUGGGAGCCUGAUACUGCAGCUUGUUGCUGAGAUAGGGAUGGAGAAGAUCAGAAAAGACUACGCCUCCAUUUUUCUUAACAAUAACCUGUGCACCUCAGUGCAGUGGCAAUCUUUCUAUGAAACUUUAAGCCGUCAGAGAUAUGAGAUUGUGAACAUGGAAGAACUGAACAGCCACUUGUUAACUGUGCAGUAUGAUAUUCUAAGCAAGCUGCAUCACUGCCUGGAAAUACUCACCUUGAUUGACUCAUUCACUGAGAACCAAGACCUGACAGGAUUCGCAAACACUGUUUUAAACACGUAUAAAACAUGCGACUUGGAUACGUCGCGUACGUUCACGUUUCCUAUCACAGCACUGCAGGCCAACCCGGAGAUGAAGAAAGUCCCGGUCAGUUUUUUCAGGAGGGAGUCUGUUGUUAGGAAUGUGUCGACCGUGGAUUGUUGUAUGGCAGAUGUACCGGAUGGUUUUGGCCUGUCAGCGAGCUUGUCUUCAUCGGUUAGUUCCCUCAAUGGGUCCUCGUUUUUUGGUGACUCUAGAGAGUUUGUUUAUUUUAAGACGGAAGAAAAUUUGAUCUGUUUUGGAGAGAGCUAGUUUUUAUGGUGUUUGAGUUAGCUACAAUUUUUCAUGUUGGUGACAUGCCUUCUUUUGUGCAUCUAAGUUCUUUUUGUAAUUGUAUAAUACUAUAAUUUUAUAAUUAUUUUUUUAGUAGAAUAUAUUUAUGAAAAAGGAACUAGAUCCACUAGUUUACUUAAAACUUGUAAAUACAUUUUUAACUCUACUAUUGUGUAAAUUGUUGUGAUCUUUUCACAAGUGUUACAAGUUUGGUGUUAACUUUGUUCUAUUUGUUAUAAAAGUGCUUUAUGUCAAGUGGACACCAAACUUGUAAUACAGCACCAUAGUUGUAUUUUUACAGGAAAGCUAUGUUGCAAAAUUGAAAAACAUCUCCUACCCAAGUUCCCUCCCUUUAAACCCAAUGUGUGAUUGUGAACAUGUUAGUGCCCUCCCUUUAAACCCAAUGUUUGAUUGUGAACAUGUUAGUGCCUUCCCUUUAAACCCAAUGUGUGAUUGUGAACAUGUUAGUGCCCUCCCUUUAAACCCAAUGUGUGAUUGUUAACAUGUUAGUGCCUUCCCUUUAAACCCAAUGUGUGAUUGUUAACAUGUUAGUGCCUUCCCUUUAAACCCAAUGUGUGAUUGUUAAUAUGUUAGUGUCUGUACUCCAGUGGUAGUUGACAAGCACAACUUUUAUACAUUUUUCUUUUCCAGUUCUUUUUAAAAUGUCCAUUCUCUUGCCUUUAAAGUUACACUUAUUUGUUAUUUCUCCUGUCUAUACACUUGUUUAUUCUUUUGUCUAUAUUCUCACUUGUCUAUUCUUUUGUCUAUAUUCUUACUUGUCCAUUCUCCUGUCUAUAUUCUCAUUUGUCCAUUCUUUGUCUGUAUUCUCACUUUUAUUCUCUUGCACCUAUGCAAUGCUAUAUUCA